AUGUCAUCAUUGAUUCACAAAGUUGUAGUUGUUGGUGGUGUCGCUGGAGGUGCUUCUGCUGCCACUAGACUUAGAAGAAUUUGCGAAAAGGUUUCUAUUGUCUUGUUCGAAAAGGGAAAGAAUCCUUCAUUUGCUAACUGUGGUAUGCCAUAUUUUCUUGGUGGUCAAAUUGCUUCCAGAGACAGUUUGAUUGUUACCGGAGUUGAUACUUUAAAAAAAAGAUACAACAUUGAUGUCAGAGUUGAAACUGAAGUCAUCAAAAUCGAUAGAGCCAACAAGCAAGUUAUUUGCAAGGCUAAGGAAUCUGAAUAUUCCGAAAAUUAUGAUAAGCUAGUUCUUUCAACUGGUGCUGAACCAAUUAUUCCACCAUGGGAAGGUAUUAAUAAUCCACUUAUUCACAUUUUACGUUCAUUGGAAGAUAUGGACAAGAUUAAGCAACACAUUGUUCCAGGAAAGAAGGGUGUUAUCAUCGGAGGUGGUUUCAUUGGAUGUGAAGUUGCUGAAGCUAUCACUCAUGCUGGUGUCAAUGUCAGCAUUAUUGAAUUAUUGGAUCAAAUUAUGCCACCAAUGGAUAAGGAAAUGGUUCAACCAUUGAUGGAAGAUUAUAAGGCUAGUGGUGUUAAUUUAUUAUUGAAAGAAAAGUGUGUUAAAUUCGGAGAAGGUGAAAAUGGAACUGUUAAUGUUCAUCUUGAAAGUGGAAAGGUUGUUAAUGCUGAUUUCGUCCUUUUAUCUGUUGGUGUUAAGCCAGAAAACAAAUUGGCUGUCGAAUCUGGUUUGAAGGUUGGUCCAAGAGGUGGUAUUGUAAUUAAUGAAAACUGUCAAACUUCUGAUCCUGAUAUUUAUGCUUGUGGUGACAACACUGAAAUUGAAGAUUUCGUUUUGAAGAAUAGGACUCAAAUUCCAUUGGCAGGUAUUGCUAACAGACAAGGAAGAAUUGCAGUCAACCAUAUGUUUGGUAAGACUCCAGAUUCAUUCAGAGGUGCCCAAGGUACAAGUAUUAUGGGUGGUUUCAACUAUACUAUUGCUGGUACUGGUGCCAGUGAAAAGAGUCUCCAAAGAGUUGGAUACACAACUUAUGAAAAGGUUUACACUCCUGUCAAUGACCAUGCUGGUUAUUAUCCAGGUGCUAAGAGAAUGAUUCUCAAAUUGAUUUUCGACACUUCUAAGGAAAAUUAUGGUAAGAUUUUGGGUGCUCAAAUUGUUGGUGAACACAAUGGUAUUGCCAAUAGAAUUAAUGCUAUCGCCAUGGCUAUUCAAGGUGGUAUGACUGUCUUUGAUUUGGAAGAAUCAGAACUUGCCUACUCACCACAAUAUGGUUCUGCUAAGGAUCCAGUCAACAUGAUUGGCUUCAUUGCUAGUGGUCUCUUGCGAGGUGAACAAAGAAUGGUUCACAUUCCAGAAGUUUUGGCUAACAGAGAUCAAUAUGCUUUGGUUGACGUUAGAACUCCAAGAGAAUUCCAAUCUGGUCACUUUGAAGGUGCUAUCCAUAUCCCAAUUGAACAAUUGAGAGAAAAGAUUUCUGAACUUCCAAAGGAUAAGACUAUUGUAACAUAUUGUAAAAUUGGUAUGAGAGGAUAUAUGGCCCAAAGAAUUUUGAACGAAAAUGGUUUGGAAAAUGUUAAGAAUCUUGCUGGUGGUUUCGAAACCUUCGAAAAGCUCUUCAAGUAA